AUGGCCGCCAGCGUCAGACACUACCUUUCCCAGCAUGCCGCACUACUCACCCAGCUUAAAGGCGAUGAAAAAAGAGUAGACAGCCGGACUAUCUACGUUGGUCAUCAGCCAUGUUCUGCCAGCGAGCCUUUCAUCCCGCCAAAGUUUUGUGACAACAGAAUUGUGUCGUCCAAGUAUACCGUGUGGAACUUUUUACCAAAGAACUUAUUUGAACAGUUCAGAAGAAUUGCCAAUUUCUACUUCCUUAUCAUCUUUCUGGUUCAGGUGAUAGUGGACACCCCCACCAGCCCAGUCACCAGCGGCCUACCCUUAUUUUUUGUCAUUACAGUGACAGCCAUCAAGCAGGGCUAUGAGGACUGGCUACGACACAAGGCUGAUAAUGAGGUGAACAAGUACCCGGUGACAGUGCUUGAAAAUGGUCGGAGGCUACGGAAGGAAAGCGAGAAGAUCAAGGUGGGUGACGUUAUAGAAGUGGAGGAAGACGAAACCUUUCCCUGUGAUUUAAUCCUGCUCACAUCGAGCAGGGAUGACGACAUCUGUUUUGUUACCACUGCUAGUCUAGAUGGAGAAUCCAACCAUAAAACACACUACACUGUUCCAGACGUAGAGAAGGAUCUGGAAACCCUCAGUGCCACUCUGGAGUGUGAACAGCCCCAGCCUGACCUUUAUAAGUUUGUUGGCCGUAUGUACAUCUACAAAAGCAAUCAGGAACCAGCAGUGAGGUCUUUGGGACCGGAGAAUUUGCUGCUGAAAGGGGCAACUUUAAAAAAUACUCAGAAAGUCUGCGGUGUUGCUAUUUACACUGGCAUGGAGACCAAAAUGGCACUCAAUUAUCAGGGCAAGUCUCAGAAACGCUCUGCUGUGGAAAAGUCCAUUAAUGCCUUCCUUUUGGUUUACCUUUGCAUUCUGGUGAGCAAAGCCCUUGUUUGCACAACGCUCAAGUAUGUUUGGCAAAGCAAGCCGGGCCAGGAUGAGCCUUGGUACAAUGAGAAAACCCAAAAAGAGAGGGACACCAAUGUGUAUCUAAAAAUGUUCACCGACUUCCUUUCAUUUAUGGUGCUCUUCAACUUCAUCAUUCCCGUGUCCAUGUACGUGACGGUUGAGAUGCAAAAGUUUUUGGGGUCGUUUUUUAUCUCCUGGGAUAAGGACUUUUUUGACCCUGAUAUCAACGAGGGAGCACUGGUUAACACCUCAGACCUCAAUGAGGAACUAGGGCAGGUGGAGUAUGUGUUCACUGACAAAACGGGGACCCUCACGCAGAAUAACAUGCAGUUUAUCGAGUGCUGCAUCGACGGAUUCCAGUACAAGCAUCGAGACAACGACUCAGAGUUAGACAGAUUUUGUGUCACAGAUGGGCCCACAAGUAGAAUGGAAGAAAAAGCUGGCAGGGAGCGCGAGGAACUGUUUCUUCGUGCCAUUUGCCUGUGCCACACAGUCCAGGUGAAGGAUGCCCCCAAUACCGAUCAGAUCCAGGGCGACCAGGUGGACACCAUCGUGCUGCGUGUCCCUAUAGAUGAAAGGGGCUUUAUAGCGUCCUCUCCCGAUGAGGUUGCUCUGGUCAAGGGUGCCAUGAGGUAUGGUUUCACAUAUCUGGGUCUGGAAAGUAAAGCCAUGAAAAUCCUUAACAGGAGCCAUGAAAUUGAAGUCUAUGAGCUCCUUCACGUGUUAAAUUUUGACCCAGUGAGAAGACGAAUGAGUGUCAUUGUCAAAUGCAAAUCAGGGGAUAUCGUGCUCUUCUGCAAGGGAGCAGACUCAUCUAUAUUUCCUCGUGUCCAACAAGAGGAAGUGGAGCCCAUUCGUGUGCACGUGGAGCGAAAUGCAAAGGAGGGCUACAGAACACUGUGCGUUGCCUACAAGCUCCUCGGCACUGAGGAGUACGCCCGGGCCGACGCGGGCCUUAGGGAAGCCAGACUGGCUUUGCAGGACAGAGAGGAGAAGCUCAUGGCAGUGUAUAACGAGGUGGAGACUGGCAUGAGUCUCAUUGGAGCGACUGCUGUUGAAGAUAGACUUCAAGAAGAGGCAGCGGAAACAAUGGAGGCCCUGCAGGGCGCUGGCAUUAAAAUCUGGGUGCUGACAGGGGACAAAAUGGAGACAGCCAAGUCCACCUGUUUUGCCUGUCGCCUGUUUCAGAGGACCACCGAGCUCUUGGAGCUGACGGUGCGCACGCUCGACGCUCGAGGCGGUCGCAAGCGCGAGGAAAGACUGCACGAGCUCUUACUCGAGUAUCACAAGAAAGCCGUUCAGGAUGAGCACACCUUGGAAAAUGGUGUUAGGAGCAGGAGCUGGACUGUUACCAACCAUGAUUUCGGUUUUAUUAUUGACGGAGCCAGUCUCUCGAUGGUGCUCAACUCCACCGAUUCCAACUCCAGCCACUACAGAAACCUCUUCCUGCAGACCUGCCAAAACUGCACCGCUGUGCUCUGCUGCCGCAUGGCUCCUUUGCAAAAAGCCCAGAUUGUAAAACUGGUCAAGAACUCCAAAGGCAACCCCAUUACCCUCUCCAUCGGUGAUGGCGCUAAUGACGUCAGCAUGAUUUUGGAAGCUCAUGUUGGCAUUGGCAUCAAGGGUAAAGAAGGUCGCCAAGCGGUGAGGAACAGCGACUAUGCCAUACCCAAACUCAAACACCUGAAAAAACUCCUGCUCGCUCAUGGACAUCUGUACUAUGUUCGCAUUGCUCACUUGGUGCAGUAUUUCUUCUACAAGAACCUGUGCUUCAUCUUACCUCAGUUUUUGUACCAGUUCUUCUGCGGCCAUUCCCAGCAGCCCCUCUAUGAUGCAGCCUAUCUGACGAUGUACAACAUCUGCUUCACCUCUAUGCCCAUCCUGGCUUACAGCCUCUUGGAGCAGCACAUCAGCAUCCAGGUUCUCCUGGGCAAUGCUACCCUCUACAGAGAGAUACGUAAAAACUCCAUGUUGCGAUGGGGACCCUUCCUUUACUGGACACUCCUGGCGGUCUUCCACGGUUUGGUAUUCUUCUUUGGGGUGAGAUUUUUGUUUCGAAACCCAGCACUGCAGGAGGACGGCCAGGUUUUUGGAAAUUGGUCGUAUGGCACAAUCGUCUUCACUGUCCUUGUAUUCACUGUCACGCUAAAGCUUGCUCUGGACACGCGGCACUGGACGUGGAUCAACCACUUUGUAAUUUGGGGCUCUUUGGCUUUUUACAUCCUUUUCAGCUUUUUCUGGGGAGGAAUUAUUUGGCCUUUCCUGAGUCAGCAGCGUUUAUAUUUUGUAUUUGCCACCCUGUUGAGUUCCGUGUCGGCAUGGCUGGUCAUCAUUCUGCUCAUCUUGUUCAGCCUACUGCCAGAGAUCCUUCUGGCUGUUUUCAGCAAGCCCUUCAAUCCCUUUUCUCACCAGAAUAAUCCAGUUGAGUCGAACAGGGGGGACGCCCUGUCCUUGCGGUCGUCUUCCAGGCCCCUGCUCAUGAGCACCUUUACAGAUGAGUCCAAUAGUGUCAUUUAA